CCUUCUCGCAGCAGCCCCAGGCUGGCACUACCGUAAAAUAUAAUCCGCCCCAGGGUCAGGAUACAAUGGUAAAGAAUGGAGUGACCCAGAACAUAACUACCAAACAUCAAUGCAUCACAGCAAUGAAGGAGUAUGAAGGGAAAAGUUUAGAGGAGUUAAGAAUGGAGGAUUAUGCUGCAGGAAGGAAAGGGAAACAAGCAGGUGCAACAUCUGGCUUCGGAGGUUUUGGUACCCCUGCUGCAGCUGCCACUCAACCAACAGGUUUUGCCUUUGGCCAGGCCAAGCCAACAGGUUUUGGAGCGUCAACUGGGUUUGGAACCAAUACAUCUACAGGGGGAGGCAGCCUGUUUGGUCAGCCUACAGCCCAGGCAUCUACUGGAGGAGGUCUGUUUGGUCAGACAAAUAAACCUUUGUUUGGUGCCGCAACCACCACUACCCAAAGUGGGUUUGGAUUUGGAACUAACACCAGUACAGGAACUGGUGGACUCUUUGGCCAGGCUCAACAGAAUAAGCCAUUGUUUGGUACAACAACAACUACACAACCAAGCUUGUUUGGGACAGGGACUAGCACGUUUGGUCAGCCGGCUGCAUCAGGGGCAGGAUUUGGGGGAUUUGGGACAUCUCAAGCAGGUGGACUUUUUGCAAACAAACCUGCAUUUGGAGCACAGGCUACCUCCACUGCUGGAUUCGGAGGAUUUGCCAACUCAAACUCUGGAGCAAAUCUAUUUGCCAAACCAUUUUCUGCACCCACUCCUGGAUUUGGAUUUAAUACAGCCACUACUUCAUCGGGAUUUGGUGCAACACAACCAUUUGGAGCUGCUAAGCCUGCUGGUUUUGGUUUGACAACAACCGCUACUCCUUCAUUUAACUUUGCUGCUGGAAACACUGCGGGAACCAGUAUGUUUGGUAACACGUUGAAUAAACCUGGUGCACUGGGCACGUUUGGUACUAAUACUACUACAGGAUUUGGAGGAUUCAAUACUGCUAAUACUGGUCUUGGAGGGGCUGCACCUACACUGGGAGGGACGGUCAACUCAACGGGAGUGAAUCCGGCAGUACAGAUUCAGCAAACACUGCUUGCCCUAUCACAGUCCCCAUAUGGUGACUCCCCUCUCUUUUGGAACAUGAAGGACAGCAAGACCAAGAGAGAAGAGGUUUUAAAGCCAACUAACCCAGUGGCACAGAAAGCGUUACUGGCAAAUCAACAUAAAGUGAGUCCAAGACCAAUGGCAAAGAUCCGACCAAAAGCAUUAUCUGGAGCUUUGAAUGGGAGCAAGUCGCAGAUAUUUGAAGGUUUGGAAGAAGAUGAUUUUAGUUUUGGAAGUGACACGUUCCAGCCAAGAAAAAGUGUUAAGAAAUUGACAAUCAAGAAAGUGGGACAGGAUUCUAACACUCCGAGCAGAGCAUCUUCUGUAAGCGGGGAACCACCAAAUGUAUCUUCAUUGAGAGAUGAGGAGCAUUUCAGGGGAAGGUCAUCUCCAGUCGCUUACAGUGGAGAGAGAAGACAAGAUACAGAUGUUCCCGAGACUGAGAAUAUUAUCCGCAGUAAAGGCAUCUCUGAUCAGAUGGCAGAUACUCCAGAUAGAAGACCUAACAUGGAUGACACUAUUGCUAUGCUGAAUGCCCAGAAUAAGGCCACCAGUAACAGGGAACCAGUGAGCUCUGGUACACGGGAACCAGGACAAGAUGAUACAGUCAACAUCAGUAUUAUCUCCAGAGACGAGAGUAUCAAUGAUGACGUGAUUGACGAGAGACCUAUGACUCCUCCCCCUCCUCACCCAGCGGGUAUUGUAUUAUCCCGACCAGGGUAUUACACAAUCCCUAGUACGGAGGCCCUGGCAGAGAUGGUGGAUGAAGAUGGGAAUUGCUUCGUCGAGGAUUUUACAAUCGGUCGAGAAGGAUACGGAAGUAUCUUCUUCCCAGGAACUACAAACAUUGCAAACAUGAACUUUGAUGAGACUGUGUUUUUCCGACGUAAGGAAGUGAUUGUGUAUCCUGAUGAUGAUAACAAGCCUGAUGUUGGGGAUGGACUUAAUAAGAAGGCAGAGAUCACUUUAGAUUGUGUUUGGCCGAGGGAUAAAUCUAUUGGAACGCCAAUCAAGAGCCCUGAGAAGUUAAAGUCAAUGAGAUGGCAAGAAAAAAUUGAAGAGAACUCCCUUAAAGUUGGAGCUAAAUUUAUCGAUUACAGACCUGAAACAGGGUCAUGGGUGUUUGAGGUGAAACAUUUUUCAAAGUACGGUCUUGUUGAUGACUCAGACGAGGAAGAUAUGCCAGAACAGGAUAAAAAACGUCUCCGCCUUGCCCAGGAACAACAAAUAGCCGUACAGAAACAAAAACUUCACCUGGAGAAACAGAAACAGCUAGAUGCUUCGAAAACGGGGGCUUCACUUACACAUGCAGGGGCUGGCAGACAGGUGGCAAAGUUCACAGUUGGCCCAGACGAGGAUAGUGAUGGGAGUGGCACUAUGAGGACCGAGGUUCCCAUGGGGGAUGAUGAUAAUCAGAUAUCGGAACCUUCACAAGGGGGAACUAGUGAGAUAGUAGGAGAACUUGAUGAUGAAGAUUUUGAUAUAGCAGAUGAGCAACCAUCAUCUCAUCGCUUAGCAACCAGUAUGGGUGUCGAUGCUCGAAAUAUGCAGGUGAUGAAAGCGUCAUUCUUUGGUGACGAGGAUGCCCCUGUCCCUGCAUUUGACGGUUCAAUGUUUUCCAAGAAGCAAGGUUCUCAGAUUGGUUCACCAUUGCUUAGACAGGUGGAUAGUCCCAGUCUGUUCAGUUCUAGCCUGAAAUCGAAAUACAUGUCACCAGUCAAAAUUGUUAAUGUGCCGCAAAAGGAAAUAAGUAAAGAAAAGAGUUUAUUUUCUCCCAGACUCAUUACUCCAGAGCCGAUCAGAGCUACCAGGUCGCCUCAGACCUUCCACCCACCUGUAAAGGAGUACAUGUUACUAGAGAGUGGCAUGACACCACAAGAUUAUCAGCAAAGAGUUGUUGGGGCUAGGGUUGAAAAGGUCAUUCCAACAAUAACGGAGAGUUUCACUCACAUGAAGCAGAAACUUCUCGUAGAUGCUGGCAUGUUUAUGGGAAGAUCAUUCCGUGUUGGUUGGGGACCAGGCUGGACCCUGGCUCAUUGUGGAGACAUUGUACAACCUAAAGAUUCUGAGGAGGAAAAGCCUACAAACACAUUUAGUUUAUUUGCCGGAGGUCAGAAACGGAGCCCGACACAGGGGGAGACACGCUGGAACGUACAUUUACAGAAAAUCAACAUUGCUGAUCAUAUACAAUCUAUCGACAAAACUGUCAUUCAAAAUCACCGUGAAAUGUUAGAGAUACAAUUGGUUCAUUCAAGGAGUACAAGGGAAGGCAACUGUCCUGUAUUUACUCCAUCUGUUGGAGUAGAGGCCUUGCAUCAAUAUGCUGAGAGAAAUCAAGAUGAACUAGAAACAUUAGGUUCCCAUCCAGAUGAGGCUAGUGUGAAACAUAUGGGUAUGGUGUGGGACCUUUGUGUAGCAUUAUGGGGAAAUAUGCCAGAGUUUAAAGAUACAGAUGUUGAGAGGGAUUCAUACCUAUACCACAAUGCUCGUAGAGAGGCAUUCACAAGAUGGCUGUCUUCUGUAUCAGCCGAUAUAAUCAGAGAGGAAGUUCAAGAAAGUAAAUAUAAGGACCAAGGUCAUCUACAAGCCAUUUUGAGUUGUCUGACAGGCCAUCAAGUAACAGAGGCAUGCAAUUUGGCACAGAAGUCUGGCGAUCACAGACUCGCACUUCUGCUUGCUGAGGCUGUAAGCAACUACCUACCUAGACAGAUGGUCUCAAAACAACUGGAAGAGUUAAUUGAGCUUGGGGAUGAUACUUUCUACAAUCAGACAAGGCUGAAGAUUUACAGUUUAUUGGCCGGACAACUUGUGUUGCCUUGUAAUACUGUGACAAUAAAUACAUGUGAAGGAAUGGACUGGAAGAGAGCAUUGGCAUUGCAUUUAUGGUAUUGCUGCCAACUAGAGGCACCUAUACAAGAAGCUGUAGAACUUUAUGAACGAGCAUUCAAAGGGUCACAUGAGAAUCAGAUAUAUUCCCGCCCACCGUUACCGCCGUACAUCGAGGCCGAGGACUCCGGCGAGAUGGAAUUCUCCGUAAGAGAUACAUGCUAUCACUUGCUGUGUCUGUACUGUCAGAAAUGUCAUCAGUUAGAACGUCUUCUGAAUCCUACUACGUCUACAGCAAGCCAUCUAGAUUAUAGACUUAGCUGGCAUUUAAGUCAAGUGCUUCAAAGUUUAUCGUACAAUCACCUGUCAGCGUACCAUAGAGCUAGUCUACAUAUGAACUUCGCAGCACACCUGGAAUCUCUAGACCUCUGGGAGUGGGCAGUGUUUGUGGCAUUACACAUUGAAAACCCUAUCAGUCGAGAAUCAGCUGUGCGCAACAUUCUAAAUCGUCACAUUCAGUUGUCAUCAUCUGAGUUAUACAUAGAGAAAGAGGAAUUAUUGAAUGAACGUUUGUUGGUACCUCUUGAAUGGAUACAUAGUGCUAAGGCACUGAGAGCAAACUAUGAAUCCAAGCCUCAAGAAGAAGCCUGGCAUUUAUUAAAGGCUGGACAAUGGAAUAAAAGUCAUGAGGUUAUAAUGAGAUAUAUAGCCCCUGAUGCAAUUAUACAUGAACGUCAUGACUACUUGUACGAGUUCCUGGCAGAGUUAUCUGCCCCCGUUCGAAGUGCUACAAUAUUAGACUGGCAUAUUGCUGGAAGUGUUUACCUGGAGUAUAUUAACAUCUCUAAUAGUAUGAAGCAACUUUCUAAGGCUGGUGAGCCAAACUUGUAUGAAUUAGACAAACUACUACCUGAAGUGAAAUCAUUGUGUACUAAAGUGGGAAGUAUUCCAUGUAGAAACUCCAAGGACAGAUUGUGUCAGUCAGAAAUGGGAAAGAAAGCGACAAACUUUUUACGCCUGAUUCUCACAUUUCAAGCUGAAGCCAAUGGGGAGCCCCAGCCUCCAAUGAGGCUACUAGCACCUUACAUUAGAAAUUUACAGAUGCCAGAAGACUACAUCUUACAUGAACUUCGAGCAUUGACUAGAAGCUACACAAUGGAACAGGCUGUUGCAUGAAAAAAUAGCAUAACUAAAAAUUAUAAUAUUAUAGUCUGUUUCAAUGAGACUAUCAUCAAUUUAACUUGUUAAAUACCGAGAACUUGUAAAACUGUUGAAAAAAAAUCCAUUCUUGAAGUAUUUGGAUUAUUUACUUCUUUCUUCACAGAUUUUGUGUUCGUUUGAUUUAUAGGAAAUUUGACAUAAAUCAAGAUGUAAUAUUGUUUCGUGUAAUUCCCCAUAGUACUGCAUAUAAUCUUUGCUUUAAACAUAAAUCCAAAUAUUUCAUCUUUUUUU